UAGUUAUUCUUGCCUUCGCAGUGGUCUAGUUAUCUACGUGUAUUUCAGGAAUAUCUUUUGCCCCAUAUAAUAGUCAAAUGAUGACUAAAUUACAAUAUCUGAAUGUGUUUCUAACUGAGCGUUUGAUGCAAGCUGCCGAGGAGAUACUUGGAGUGGUCGGAGACACGAUCUCCGAGUACCAGGAAGAAAUAGCUCGGACGAAGAGAGAGAACCAAUACCUGAAACGACACUUGAUCACACCGGUCCUACCUGCUCCUCAGCCCAUUGUCUCUUGGGUCUCAGAGCAGCAAACUCCCCCUGAGCAACAGCGCUGUGAGCAGGAGUGGAGCUCUAGUCUGGGGCAGGAGGACACAGAGUCCACACAGAUUAAAGAGGAACAGGGUGAACUCAGGACCCGUCAGGAGGAAGAGCAGAUUCAAGGGCCGGAGGCUGAUACCAAAGAAGACUCCAUAACCAUUCCUCCCUGUGUGAAAAGUGACUGUGAUCAGGAGCCACCUCAGCCCACACAUUUUCUCCAAACUGUGGAGAACAGAGAGAAGUACUCUCUACUGACCAACACAACUGGACAGAUCAAAACAGAACCUGAUGGAGAGGGCUAUGGAGUAUCACUAUCAGAACCAACCAGUGACUCCCCUCAGUCUCAGCCCCUCUCUGCAGUAAAUCCAGACUGUUCUAGAACACAGAGUGAGAACACUGAAAGUGUACCUGAUGUUCAGAGAGAUCCAGAAAGGAGACCAGAGGAGGACACCCAGACACACUCAUGUACUCAGUGUGGUGCCGUGUUCUGUGAGCUAUCCCAACUGAAGGCACACAUGCUGUCCCACACAGAACCACACAGUGGUGACACUAGUCACAGGCAAAUCCUCUGCACAGUCUGUUGGAAGUCAUUCACCUCUACCAGUUACCUCAAGGUCCACCUGUGUUCUCACAAUAAGGAGAAGCCCUUCCACUGUGGUGUGUGUGGCAAGAGUUUCAGCUACUCAGGCAGGUUCAGGGAGCAUCAACGCAUCCACACGGGAGAGAGACCGUACCGCUGCCACGUGUGUGGUAAACGCUUCAACCGGUCUACCCAUCUGAAGACCCACCUGAGGGUCCACACGGGGGAGAAACCCUACUCCUGUCCUGUCUGUGGAAAAGGGUUCAGUCAGUCCAGCCAGAUCAAAGGACACCUCAGAACUCACACCCGAGGAAGGUAGGAGAACGAUGCCUUGGAGUGGAAAGACCCCAUGAGUCGAUAGACGGAGCUUUCUGUUCUCACAGUGCCCAGCUUUUAGGAAGAGAAAGGGAAAGACAUUACUUCUCUUCAAUGCUACUAAUUCUACGUACACUACAUGGCAAAAUAUGUGGACUCCCCUUCAAAUUAGUGGAUUUGGCUAUUUCAGCCAAUCCCGUUGCUGACAGGUGUAUAAAGUGUACUUUUAGUUGACUUUCAAAGUGACACCAUCAUAAGAUGCCACCUUUCCAGCAAGUCAGUUUGUCAAAUUUUUAGAGCUGCCCCAGUCAACUGUAAGUGCAGUUAUUGUGAAAUGGAAAAGUAUAGGAGCAACAAUGGCUCAGCCGCGACGCGGUAGGCCAUACAAGCUCACAUACGGGACCGUUGAGUGCUGAAGCGCAGAGUGGUUGCAACACUCACUACCAAGUUCCAAACUCUGGAUGCAACGUCAGCACAAGAACUGUUCGUCGAGAGCUUCUUCAUGAAAUGGGUUUCCAUGGCCGAGCAGCCGCACACAAGCCCAAGAUCACCAUGCGCAAAGCCAAGUGUGGGCUGGACUGGUGUGAAGCUCGCCGCCAUUGGACUCUGGAGCAGUGGGAUCGUGUUCUCUAGCAUAAUGAAUCACGCUUCACCAUCUGGCAGUCCAACAGACGAUUCUGAGUUUGGCGGAUGCCAGGAGAACGCUACCUGCCCGAAUGCAUAGUGCCAACUGUAAGGUUUGGUGGAGGAUUAAUAAUGGUUUGGGGCUGUGGAAAGCCUCCCCAGCAGAGUGGAGUCUGUUAUAGCAGCAAAGGGGGACCAACUCCAUCUUAAUGCCCAAGAUUUUCGAAUUAGAUGUUCGACUAGCAGGUGUCCCCAUACUUUUGACAAUGUAGUGUAUUAUUGUAAUACUAGAGGACUAUAGAAUGUAUGAUGUUUUGCAGACUAACUGAGGCACCUCAUGUCUGCAUUGAGUUAAGAGAGCUGCUCUAAUACAAUGCUAUGAAAAGACUUGAAUGCAUCUCCUCAUGUAUCACUAGGUUACACUAACUAUGUUUCAAUUGGAGCUGGUUGGUCUCCUUGCAAACAAACUUUCUCUGUCAAAUUGAUUAAGCAUUUGUGGGAACAUUUACUUCUGAAUGUCUGAGAAAAAAACACAUCAGGUCAAUGUUAGCUGGAGUGACUAGUGGGACUAUUGUUACAGACAGCCCAUCCUCACCAAUGUUGUUAUAAAACCAUGUUUGAACACUAGAUGGCAUAUGCUUUAAUUAUGUCUCCUUCACAAAAGUGUUACAGGUUUCAAUGCCCUCACAGGUUGCCAAGCAACAGCCUGAAACCCAGAAACAGAGCUAUUGGUAAGUUUAUGCAUACGUUCAGAAUCUAUGAUGACUCUAUAGCAACAACAAAAAACUUCCCCAAUGGGUCUCCUUUUCUGUGUGAAUUUGGUGUGGUUACUAGGGUACCAUGCAAUAAUAGAGCACACCCCAAUACUGUUAAUUCUGGCUCGAUAUACACCCAAAUGUAUACAUGUAUGACCUUUGACCCCCCCCCCCAAGGUGGGCUCAUAAAGAUGUCAUUACCAUUCAAAUUGCUUCAUACGUCAAUAUGUGAUGUAUUCUAAAGUUAAACACAUCAAAUGGCCUUAGUUUGAGAAGAUUAUUAGUUGAUAAUUCAAAAUGACAUCUCAUACCCUCAAUCCUGUUGGCCCAACGAACCGCAUAACGUUCAUAACAUUUAGUUGUGUUACAGCCUGACUUCGAAAUGGAUUAAAUCAUGUUUUUUCUUACACAUCUACACACAAUACCCCAUAAUGACAAAUUGAAAAUGUGUUUUUAGACAUUUUUGCAAAUGUAUUGAAAAUGAAAUACAGAUCAAAUUUACAUAAGUAUUCACACCCCUGAAUCAAUACUUUGUAGAAGCACCUUUUGGCAGCGAUUACAGCUGUGAGUCUCUAAGAGCUUUCCACACCUGGAUUGUGCAACAAUUGGUUGUUGAUCAUUGUUAGACAACCAUUUUCAGUUCUUGCCAUAUCAUUUAAGUAGAUGUGAUUUAAGUAGAUGUAGCCCUUUCCUAGCCCUUUCCUAGAUGUAGAUGUAGCCCUUUCCUGCAUUCAGUGACCAAAAGAGCCCUCUUUGGCCUCAUGGCUACAAUCUUAUUAAUAUUUUGCAUAAUUGAAUAAUUAAUAAAGAUUUUUAUUUUA